AUGCGACCGUCGUGCUCACAAGACCCAACAGAAGACGAAUACGAUAUGGUUACCGACAUUACUAUGCAACCGAAUGCGAGUUGUCUACCUAAUAGGACGUCACAAAAAUCAUUCCCUUCUUUGAGUCCUCCUAAGUGGACUCUUCUACUAACUAUUAUGUGCAGCCUAGCCCAACUAUCAGAAAGCCGACAUGUAGAAGGAGCCAAACUAAAAGACGAAUGUUUUCAUCGCUACCAAAACACGGAUCACCACACAAGCCUGGCAGAGUGGAUUCACCGCAAAAAUCAAUCGCACUACUCGCCAAUCAUCCCUAGCUACAGUCAAGCGCUGAUCAAAAUUGAGGUACGAUAUACAGAAAGAAAAGACAUGUAAUACGCCCUAAAGGAGACUAAAAUAACUAACUUAUGAUACCUAAUACUUUUAAGAUACUUAAACAAAUAAUAUUGAAACUAUUUUAGCUGGAAAACAUGAAAGAUGGUGAACAAGUGACAGCCGGCUCUUCAAGCUGCAACUCAAGGCGCCAAACUACCGUAACCGCUGAGACGCCACUAAGGGAGCGUGCGCUGUGCAAAUUUGAAUACAUCUUAAAUUACAACCCUAAGGUAGGUUUGACGUCAACAUUACUUUUAAACGUUCCUUUUAAUAUAGUUAAUAUCAUCUUUAACAAUCCGUUGGCUUAAAUUAACAUUGUAACGAUUUUCAGCGAAUCCCAGCAGCAUUGACUGAAGUAAAAUGUUCAUGCCCUCGACCAUCAACUAGACUUGUUGGUCGACGGAUAUUCGAAUGUGAGCCGCUCAAAUACCAAGUUCGUGUUCUCAUGUUCGAUGAAGAAUGUCAAAGCUAUGUGGAGCAAACUGAAGAAGUUGCACUUGGUUGCAUACCUGUCGUGCAGGUAAGAUUUUUAAAACUACGUUCGCUUUUAGCUCAAAAAUACAAAGAAAAAUUUUUAAAUGUAAACAACUACAAUGGGGAACCCUACUCAGUAGAGCUUCUAGAUAACCGUAGCCAAAUUUUCAAGAAUCCCUCAUUUAUUUACGUAACUGCAAUUUAAACAGAAAUCCACCGUAACCGUCAGUAACAUAUAGUCUUCUCCAUUACUCACAGUCAUUGUUUAUCCAUCUAUUUUUAAAUUAUGUAUCGACGUUGAAGGCGAAACCCUUGAACAGCUACGCAAACCGAUUAACUUUUAUUAUUGUGAAGCCUAAAAUUUUGAAAUCUCAAUCUUCGACCGCCGGAAAUUAGGUACUUGAUCUCUAUUACUAUUAUUCAAAGUGGCAUACUUUUGAGAAAAAUAAGAAAAUUUUUUAAAAUUUCACUUUAAGUUAGCGAGUUCAAAACUAAUCCAGUUUAUACAGUUUUAAUAAAGAUCACAUUCUUCCAGUUAGUAAACCCACAUUUCUUAGUGUCUUAUUAGCCUAUUAAGGGGACCAUAUUAACCGUUUAAGAAGCUUAAAUUUAGUAAAAACCCACCAUCGUGCAGCUUAACAAGAGAUCAAAGAAGAUUUGCAACAGUUUCCUGAAAAAAUAUCUUUCGAUCUUGUUUUUGAGAACAUUAUUUUUAUGUUUACUGAAACAGCCUGAGACAACUUUACUAUUUUUAAGUUAAUUAAAAGUCCGAAUAUCCGGAACAAUCUUAAAAACAAAUUUAUCGCCGCAUACAACCCAAAAAAGAUUACUAAAAAUACCAAAAACAUUUUGUGACUAACUGCUUACUCGAACAAAAAUAUGAUUUAAGUUUCAGGCGAAUGUGAAUAACGAUGGAGACACUGAAGCGGACUUCAUGAUCCCCAUCAAGGCUGAAGUUCCUACAAAAUAA